AUCUUUUCUUCUGCUACUCCUUUGUGACCUGGGCAAGUGUCCCCUCUCUGAAACUCAGUGUCCUUAUCUAUUGUGGGAACAACAUGCCACUGAGAAGAGAGGAGGCUUCCUAAGAUCGUCAUCCCGGCUGGGGGUGGCCUGUGGAGCCCCCCACCGCCAUUCAGGUCCUGAGAUGUGGUGAACCCCCGCCUGUCUGCCACCAUUCCCCAGAAUGGACCGAGGGGGCCUCCUUCCCUUCCAGCUGUGGUGCCCCCGGCCCUUUGGCACCUACUCCCAGAACCAGCCGCGCCCGCCUUCCGCAGCCCUCAAGCCGUCAGCCUGCCCUGAGCCAGGUGGGGGGGCGGAGCCAGACCAUGGCCCUGCCCACUCAGAAAACACACCCCCAGCCUUGGCCACGGAGGCUCCUGCCUCCCAGCCUGCCCCGCUCCUUUCAGCAGCGGCUGCCGGCGACGAGGGUCGAGUCCUGCUGGACACGUGGUAUGUUAUCAAGCCCGGGAAUACAAAGGAGAAGGUGGCCUUCUUUGUGGCCCACCAGUGCGGUGGAGGCAGCCGGGCCAGCUCCAUGAAGGUCAAGGGGCACUGGGGCAGUGACAGCUCCAAGGCCAAGCGGAGGAGGCGCUGUCUUGAGCCUACGAAGGCUCCUCCGGACCCAGGGGGACAAGACGGGCCCCCUGCUGCUGAGGGGGUCCCAGCCUCAGCCAGUGAGGAUGUGGACCUGCUCUCUGUGGCCGAGAUGGUGGCCCUGGUGGAACAGCGGGCCGCCCUGGCCCUGCAGAGCUACCCGCGCCCGAGCACCCCAGCGCCUGUGGUCUAUGUGUCGGCCGAACAGGGUGGGCCUGCCAAGGGGCUGGGGUCCGAACGGCGGUCUGGUGGCGGGGACUGCAGCCGUGUGGCGGAGGCCGUGGCCCACUUCGAGGCUCAGCGGGACAACCCUCCAGCCAAAGGCCUCCGCAAGGAGGAGCGGCCCGGGCCAGGCCCUGGGGAGGUGCGCAUCGCCUUUCGGAUCUCCAAUAGCCGAGAGCCCCGUGCACCGGAUGGCAGCUUGCCCAACGGGAGCGGGGGCCGGCCGGGUUGUGCCUACCCUAGCAGCCCGGGUCCUGGGGCCCGGGCCAAGGACAAGAUCACCUGCGACCUGUACCAGCUCAUCAGCCCCUCUCGGGAUGCCCUCCCCAGCAAUGUGGAGUUUCUGCUGGCUAGGGCGGAUGAAGCCAGCGAGGGUGAGACCCCAGCCCCUGCCAGGCCCGAGGACACUCCCCCGGCCCCCCCUCCACCCCCUGCCCGGGACUGUGGCGCGUCAGGCUUCCAUGUGGAUGUGGUGGUGACGGGGGUGGUGGAUGAGUGCAUCUUCUUCGGCAAGGAUGGCACCAAAAACGUGAAGGAAGAGACGGUGUGCCUGACCGUCAGCCCCGAGGAGCCACCCCCGCCUGGCCAGCUCUUCUUCCUCCAGCCCCGGGGACCUGAUGGGCCCCCCGAGCCACCGCCAACUGACUCGCCUGCCACUGCACCCGGCCCGGACGAUGCUGAGGGGACGGUGGACACCUCCCUGUGCCGCCUGUACCGGCACGUGUCGCACGACUUCCUGGAAAUCCGCUUCAAGAUCCAGCGGUUGCUGGAGCCGCGACAGUACAUGCUGCUGCUGCCUGAGCACGUGCUGGUCAAGAUCUUCAGCUUCCUGCCCACGCGCGCCCUGGCGGCCCUCAAGUGCACCUGCCACCACUUCAAGGGCAUCAUUGAGGCUUUUGGCGUGCGGGCCACAGACUCGCGCUGGAGCCGCGACCCGCUCUACCGCGAUGACCCUUGCAAGCAGUGCCGCAAGAGAUACGAGAAGGGCGAUGUGUCGCUCUGCCGCUGGCACCCCAAGCCCUACCACCACGACCUGCCUUAUGGACGUUCCUACUGGAUGUGCUGCCGCCGAGCCGAUCGCGAGACGCCCGGCUGCCGCCUGGGUCUGCACGAUAACAACUGGGUGUUGCCCUGCAAUGGGCCAGGCGGUGGGGGCGGCCGGGCUGGCCGGGAGGAGGGGAGGUGAAGCCGGGGGAGGGGGGGGGAAGAGCCCACCAUGCCCACCCCCACCCCCUCCCCCUGGGAGCCGAGGGUCAGGCCUGGGUCACCCGCCCAUACCCUCUGCCCAGGCAGCGUUGAUCCCCCUCCAGAACUGCGAUGGUGUUCAGGGGGAUGACCCAAGAAAGCACUCUGAUUGACCCCUACUGGUUUUCUACUCUUCAGACCCUCAAGUAGGGUGUUUUUUUAUCAGCAUCUCAAUUUCUUCUCCAUUCAGCCCCAGCGCCCUCCCUGCCACUCUUCAUACCCCAGGGACCUACGAGCAGGGAGCAGACGGCAGCUAAUUUUGGUACUACUUAAGGGUUCCCCCAUUCUGGCCCCCUUCCGUUCCCUCCCCUCAGUUCUUUCCCUCUGGAGCUGUUUUUUUUUUUCCCCAGGAGGCUGCAGCACCCAGGGUUGGUACCCUUCCUAACCUACUACACCAGGGCUCACCUCCUCUUUAGGAACAGGGGCCAUCAGAUCAAAGAUCACAUUUGGCAGUUUUCAUGGCCGCCUGCCAUUUCCCCAUUAAAACAAUAAAAAUCAGUUUUCUCCUUAACCUCAAGCUACCAGUCUCUCUACUUCCCCUAAAGGGGAAGAGGAGAAAAAAGUUGAAGUGUAAAAAUUCUCCUCCUCCCAAUAUUUAAGCUAUUGCCAUGACUCUCCCCCCUCCCCCCUGCAAAAAAGCUGUGAAGCCCUUUGCCUCGCUCUGGACAGCGUCGGGGGCCGGUGGGCAGGGACUGUGGCUUUGAAUUUCUGGGUUGUUUUUCCUUCUACUCUGGGUACUUGUUCAGGUGUUGGGGUCUCUCCACCCCCCAUCCACAUGUGUUUCUUUAGAAGCCUUUGGUCAACCAAGACCUUGACCUUCAGGCAGUUUGAUCUGGGGUAUUUUUGUUUGUUCUGUUUGAGAUGUGUUUUUGUUGUUUUGUCUUGGUUUUAGUUUUUCAUCCUUGUGGUUCUGGAAAGCUUCUAAUGUGUGGCAUCUGACCAAUUUUGAAUUGGUCCUUUCUAUAAAAUCAGUAUUUAUAAGGCUGGG